AAUCUUUCAAUUUUGUAAUUUUGUAGUUUUGGGUUUUGUUUGGAAAAUGUUAUCAAUCUAAAACGAAUAACCUUUACUCUCCCAGAAAGAAAGUGGUGAGCAGUGAGUGGAGUGGAACUAGAAGAGGACGCUUCAGUGGCAUUGAGUGAAUGAGAGUUAGAGACCGUACUGGAAGCAACUGAAGAAGAAUCCAUCUGAAUCGAAUCGAAUCGGAAUGAGUGGCGGUGGAGAGGGUGAGUCCUUGGAGUACACUCCGACAUGGAUCGUCGCCGUCGUCUGCUCUGUCAUCGUCGCGAUCUCUCUCGCGGCGGAGCGUCUUCUCCACUAUCUCGGUCAGGUUUUGAAUAAUAAGAACCAGAAACCUCUCUACGAGGCCUUGCAGAAAAUCAAGGAGGAGUUGAUGCUUUUGGGAUUCAUUUCGCUUCUCCUCACUGUUUCGCAGAACACAAUUUCCAAGUUUUGCGUCCCCGCUUCUUUGGUCGACAAUCUCCUCCCUUGUAAGCGCCCUCACGAGGAAGCGACCAAUUCGUCUUCUUCAACCUCUCACCACAUCUCCGGCGGCUCUUUCAGACGCCUUCUUGAAGAAACCGCAUCUGCCCAUUUGGGUUAUUGCGCUCACAAGAAAAAAGUACCCCUUUUAUCUGUGGAAGCAUUGCACCAUUUGCAUAUCUUUAUUUUCGUCCUAGCCAUUGUCCAUGUUACCUUCUGUGUUCUUACUGUUGUGUUUGGAGGAGCAAAGAUACGUCAAUGGAAACGUUGGGAGGAUUCUAUUGCAAAAGAGAACUAUGACACUGAACAAGUUCUUAAGUCAAAGUCAAAGAGAAAGGUUACAAGCGUCCAUCAACAUACUUUUAUUAAGGAGCACUUUCUGGGUUUUGGUAAAGACUCAGCUCUGCUAGGCUGGCUGCAUUCUUUUGUCAAGCAAUUUUAUGCAUCUGUGACCAAAUCAGAUUAUGCGACCAUGCGGUUAGGAUUCAUCAUGACUCACUGCAGGGGGAAUCCUAAGUUUAAUUUUCAUAAAUACAUGAUACGUGCCCUUGAAGAUGAUUUCAAGAAAGUUGUUGGAAUUAGUUGGUACCUUUGGGUUUUUGUGGUCAUCUUCUUGUUGCUGAAUGUUAAUGGCUGGCACACAUAUUUCUGGAUAGCAUUCAUUCCUUUCUUUCUUCUACUUGCUGUGGGCACUAAACUGGAGCAUGUCAUUACUCAGUUGGCGCAUGAAGUUGCUGAGAAACAUGUAGCAAUAGAAGGAGAUCUAGUAGUUCAGCCAUCAGAUGAACACUUUUGGUUUCGUCGCCCCCAGAUUGUCCUCUUCUUAAUUCAUUUCAUCCUUUUCCAAAAUUCCUUUGAGAUUGCGUUUUUCUUCUGGAUAUUGGUUCAAUAUUCAUUUAACUCAUGUAUAAUGGGACACAUUCGUUACAUUGUUCCAAGACUUGUCAUUGGGGUGUUCAUUCAGGUGCUCUGUAGUUACAGCACGCUCCCACUCUAUGCAAUUGUCACACAGAUGGGAACUUCUUACAAGAAAGCAAUAUUUGAAGAGCGCAUGCAAGUAGGAAUUGUUAAUUGGGCUCAGAAGGUCAAGAAAAAAAAGGGUUUAAAAGCAGCCAUUGUUGGUUCUGGUGCUGGCUCAGGCCCGGGGUCAGGCUCUACUCCUGGUCAACCAAGUUCUGAUACCGGCUCUACAUCUGUGGGAAUUCAGUUGGAAAGACUUGUGCACAAAGCAUCAAAUCCAGAGCAAAACGAUGGCUCUAAGUGAUCACUUUUCGAUUGCUCAACAUGUCAGGUCUCUGGCCUCUUAUCUUAUUUUCACUGACGACAUAUGUCUACCCUUAGGUUAUACUACUAGUUGCCACUUUGUAACUGUGCUGGGUUUAGAAAUUUGAUUGUUUUUCCUGUCAUAUAUUAUAUGGCUGUGUGGGAUUGUAUCUAAGCCUUUUAUAGGCAUGACACAAACCUUGAUCAAUAUAUUAUAUCAUCUUAUAUAAUACAUAAGAGAAAUUAAGACUCC